AUGAUUGCUGGGACCGAGACGACAGCUACGUUGUUGAGUGUGCUCACGUUUCUUCUUUGUCGGAACGCCGACAAAUUGAGGAUUCUUUGUAAAGAGAUCCGGUCGCUCCAUCUUCAGGACCUGAACAUCAUCAACCUGCAACGGCUUCCUUAUCUCAACGCGUGUCUAGAAGAGGGGCUUCGCAUGUAUCCCCCGCUCCGGGCGUGGUGGCUUGUGUGGCUCCUCAAGAAGGGUCAACUGUCUGCGGGCAAUUCGUCCCAGGAGGAAAGCGUCGCGCAGUACACAGGUUACACUCCGGCCUGCAAUUUUGCUAAUCCGUAUGAUUUUGUGCCCGAACGUUGGUUGGUUGAACCGCCCGAGAAGUACGCAAAGGACAACAAGGAGGUUGUUCAACCCUUUUCGUAUGGGCCGAGAAACUGCAUUGGCAAGAAUCUUACCUAUCACGAGAUGCGUCUCAUUUUAGCCAUAGUGCUGUGGAAGUUCGACAUUGAGCUUGCGGAUAAGAACUCGAAUUGGAUCGAUCAGAAGUCUUUUGGUAUCUGGAAGAAGUCUCCCCUGGGUGUUCAUCUUUGUUCUCGUGAAGACCGUAUGUAG